AUGUUGAGUAACCACCCUGAAAAAGGGAACAAAUGCCAGAUGCAGUAUCCGCCCGGCAACGAGAUCUAUCGGUGCAAGAACAUAUCAGUUUUCGAAGUGGAUGGCUACUCCUCCAAACUCUACUGUCAACAACUCUGCCUGCUGGCCAAGCUUUUCCUCGACCACAAAACCCUCUACUACGACGUGGAGCCCUUCCUCUUCUACGUCGCCACGGUGAGAGACCGCUGGGGCUAUCAUCUGGUUGGCUACUUCUCGAAAGAGAAACGCUCAGCACAGAAGUACAACCUCAGUUGUAUCAUGGUGCUGCCGUCUUACCAAAAGCAGGCCUUUGGUCGCUUCCUUAUCGACUUCAGUACGGUUGCGACAACUUUUAUUUUUAUUUGCUAUAAUUAG